CCUCCUCGAGUCUCUUGAUAACACCUCAAUCAAAUCGUUCCUCGUCUUGCCCGAACUCAAGUUGAGUAUCGGAUGGGUAUUUGAUAGCAUUAGCGCAAGCUUUCGUUUGCUGAGGGCGCACAGUUGGAUUUUUUUUCCGUUUCACUCCCCUGUCUCGUUCAAUUCGCCCUUCUCGAAGACCUCGAUUUUCAUCAGAUAUCAAUCUAAUCGCCAUGGCACCGCAAUCAUCAGAGACGAAGCCAAUGUACCAGAAAGAUGAAAAGGCCUUGUGCUUUCAUGGAGAAUUACUCUAUGAAGCCAAGGUCCUGGAAGUCCGGCGAGUCGACCCAAAAGACAAGACAUCAGCACACGAGUACCGAGUCCAUUACAAAGGAUGGAAGAAUACCUGGGACGACUGGGUGCCUCAGGAUCGCCUGCGCAAACUCACAGACGACAAUCGCGAACUUGCAGCCAAUCUGAGACGCGAGGCCACCGCAGCUGUGAGCAAGGCACCACCAAAGUCAACAGGCAAAACCCGUCGUGGCCAAGGAUCAGAAUUCGGUUCAGGUCGAGGCAGUGAAGAACGCACAUCAUCUGUUCCUGCAGGUGGAAGAGGCACUAAGCGUGCCAGAGAUAACGACAUUGAGAAGGAAGAUGCAUUUUACAAUCGCCCCUCAAUUCGUUUCACCAUCCCUGACCACCUGAAGAACCUUCUCGUCGAUGACUGGGAAAAUGUCACCAAGUCAAUGCUACUCGUCCCCCUUCCGAGCAAGACCCCAGCCAACUUCAUUUUCGACGAAUAUUUUAAUGAAGAAAAGCAAAAUCGGAUGAUAGGCUCUGCGGAAGCUGAUAUCCUGGAGGAGUUCGUCGCUGGUUUGAAGAUCUACUUCGAGAAGACCAUCGGCAAAUUGUUAUUGUAUCGGUUUGAACGCCCUCAAUUGGCAGAGAUGCGUAAACUGUGGGAGUCUGGUAAAUACCCGGAGUGGGAAGGAAAAGGACCAGGAGAUUGUUACGGCGGCGAAUUCGUUGCUCGAAUGCUCACCAACAUGCCAGAGAUUGCUGCUCAAACCAACUUGGAUCAAGAUCAAGUUGCCCGUUUGAAAGCUGAGCUGCUCAAGUUUACGAAUUGGUUGUCACGAAACAGCGAACGUUUCUUCUGCGCAAAGUACGAGAAGCCAAGUCCCGAAUACAUUGAAAAUGCUCGUUGAAAGCAGACGGAUCUGCCCCGUGGAGUCCAGGAAGAAGGUCAAUGUUCUACGACACAGUUGCUGGAACAUCAUAUCCACUGGACGUCUAUUAGGGAAGAAAAUUGGUUUGUUCGCGCACUGAAGGGGAACAAUCAUGCCAUUCCACCCAAAACUCAGGUUAUCAACCCCUAUUGCAGCGCGAGGAGUUCUGCCUUACCAGGUGCUCUCGAGUGUGAGGCACUUGAGUCUAUUCAUGUCGGAUUAAAACAUUACACGUCAAAGGACGGAGUUAAUAAGACGACCAGUCUGGCAAUAAGCAGAUUGGCAGAACAGGCGGUCGGUAUUGUAGGUGCAGACAGACAGCAUGAAAAAUUUCCCGGUGAGAGAUGGGAACUCAUUACUUUGGCA